ACCACCGUUAAACGUCAUCGAAGAAGAACGUCUACGUGGUGACGUUUUUGUCUCUGGUCACGUGACUCAUCCGAAAGGUAGCAGCAUGGCGGAAACGCAUGUGCAACCUCAAAACAAACUCCUGCAAUUGUACAGUUUUAGCUAGCAAACCACCGAAACCGAGCGACAGGCCGGGGUACCGGCGCCCAAGUACACUGCAAGAUGGACGAGGAGAAUAAGCUUCAGUUCCCGUCCCUUCCUCCGUGUAAGGAGGACCUAUUGGACUGGGCAUAUCCAAUGAGAAGAGAAAUGCAGGAAAUUCUACCAGGCCUGUUUUUAGGUCCCUACUCAGCUGCUAUGAAAAGCAAGCUUUCCAUCCUUGAAAGACAGGAGAUAACACACUUAGUGUGUGUUCGCCAAGAUAUUGAAGCAAAUUUUAUAAAGCCCAACUUCCCACAUAAAUUUCGAUACCUCGUUUUAGAUAUUGCCGACAAUCCUGUGGAAAACAUAAUUAGAUAUUUCCCUAUGACUAAAGAAUUUAUUGAUGGCUGUUUAGCAAGCGGAGGAAAGGUACUAGUUCAUGGAAACGCAGGGAUAUCAAGAAGUGCUGCCUUGGUUAUUGCAUACCUUAUGGAGACAUUUGGUGUAAAAUACAGGGAUGCUUUCAGCCAUGUUCAGGAGAGGAGAUUCUGCAUCAACCCUAACGUGGGCUUUGUGCAUCAAUUACAGGAAUAUGAAGCGAUCUACUCAGCUAAACUCACCAUCAAGAUGUCACCAAUACAGCUGGGCAGAUCAUUCUCCCUGCAUGCUGGAAUGCCAGGCAGCCUGAAACGAAGCCUGGAAGAAGACGAGGAUUUUGGGGGAAUGCAGGUCACUGCUGAGCAGAACGGAUAGGCUUAUUAUGCAGAUAGCUGUCAUCACAUACAGUGCACUUUUUUUUUUUUUUUACAUUUGUAUUGAUAUAAAUGUAUAUAUUAAACAUUUUCUAAAGGGGGUCAGAGAGCAUUGGGUCCACUUCCUGACGUCUGAGACCAAAGGGAGAGGGGAUACAAUUUCUUAAGUGACUUGUUUUUCUUGAGCUGUAUGCACUGAAGGUUUUAUAGUAUUUAAAGCAUUUUGCAUUUGCAGCAGGACAGUAUUGCAAUAAUGCACUUUUGAUACUUGAAUUAUUUUUUGCCAGAAGGGGGCAGUUGGCGUAAGGUACAGUAAUAAGUAAAUGCCCAAUGCUGAGCCACACGUUAGGGAAUAUUGGACAGAUCAGGUUUACAAUUGAGAAAUAGCUUGCAAGAGAAUUAACGAACCACUGUUCAAUAAACAAACAUCUAACUUGU